GGAAGAGGACAAAGAUCAGAAAGAUCCUUAUUUUGUGGAAACACCUUAUGGUUACCAGCUAGACUUGGAUUUUCUCAAAUAUGUAGAAGAUAUUCAAAAAGGAAACACUAUUAAAAAACUAAACAUUCAAAAAAAGAGGAAAGUGACGCUACCUUUUGUGACUGGCAAAAACACGGGUAUCCAGUACAGUGGAUGGACAUCAAAUGAAUCUCUUUCUUCAUCCAACAGUGAUGAAAACAAACAUUCAUCAUCCCUCUUUGCAGCGCGAAGCCAAGCAGCAACUUCAGUCUGCACAAGACCAUCUUUGUCUUUUGAAGCUUCUCCAAACUUUUUAACCAUCCCUGAAAGUAAACAGCUACUGCCUCCUUCGCCACAGUUGCCUAGACAUAACCUUCAUGUCACAAAAACUCUAAUGGAAACACGGAGACGACUGGAGCAGGAAAAGAUUGCGAUGCAGGUGAUCCCAGGAGAAACUCAAAGGCCCAGGCUUUCCAGUUUUGGAGCCAUGGGUUCAACAAGCUCUCUUCCCUCCUUUGUUGGAUCCAGUGGGCACAAUCAGUUGUCUCAACAGUUUCAGAAUGGGUAUCAGGGAAAUGGAGACUAUAAUGUUUAUUUAACAUCCUCUUUGGGCAGUUCCAUCCGGCAUAGUCCUUUGAGUUCAGGUAUAUCAACACCUGUGACCAAUGUAAGCCCAGUUCACCUGCAACACAUCAGGGAACAAAUGGCAAUUGCGCUCAAACACCUCAAGGAGCUUGAGGAGCAAGUCAAGACCAUUCCUGUACUUCAGGUUAAGAUUUCAGUUUUGCAAGAAGAGAAAAGGCAAUUGAUGGCAAAACUCAAAAGCCAAAGAAUAGUCAACCAGAAUGACACAGGCCAUUUCAGAAAGAGAUCUUAUAGUGCAGGAAACGCAGAACAGUGGAAGCAUCUCUCUCCAGUCAGAAGAGGUGGGGAACUCUAUAUCGAUUGUGAAGAAGAAAUGGGGAAUGUGGAACAGAGCUCAGAAAAGGUAGAAGAGUUUAGGAAGUUGACUGCUGAAAUGCAAGCCUUAGAGAAGAAAAUACAGGACAGCAGCUAUGAUACCCCUUCUAACCUGAGAGUGAACCGUGAAAGUGUAAUGAAAGAAAAUAAGUCUAUUGCUGUGGGUACAGAGGAAAAUAUGAAUGAUGUUGUUGUAUAUAACAGAAGUUUGAGAGUGUGCAAGGAUGUAGCAAUAGGGACUGAGAGCAAGACUAAAGAUUCUAGUGUUGGAGUGACAGAGGGGAUGCUUGGUCUGUCCACAGACGCUGAGCGAGAAAUGGAGCUCCAGCACCAGACAAUUGAAGCCCUUAAAGAGAAAAUCUACCGGCUGGAGGUUCAGUUGAGGGAAACAACUCAUGACAGGGAGAUGACCAAAUUAAAGCAUGAGCUUCAGGCAGCUGGGUCUAGAAAAAAAAUGGACAAAGCGCUGAUGGCUCAGCCCCUUGUCUUCAGCAGAGCAGUAGAAGCAGUGGUACAAACAAGAGACCAAAUGGUAGGUGAUCACGUGGAUGUUAUUGAUUCAUGUGUAGGGAGCUGUCUCCAGACAAGUGAUGUUGCAGUGUCCUGUGGGCCUGUGUUACAGAGUGCAGCUGUAGGUCCAGAUGUGCCAAUGAAUUGGUGGAUUGUAAAGGAGAGGAGAGAAGUGUGUGACCAGUGCACUGGGAGAUCUGUUGAGCUGUGCAACAAGAGUGUGGGAACAGAUAUGAGCAUCUGUGAAACUGGAGUCAAUACAGAGGAGUCUGUGGACAAUCUAAGGUUGCACAACGUACAGCUGAAAGUCGAAGUGAGGUCUAUAGGCUGUGGGGAUUGUCUGACAUACUGCCCAUCAACAGAAAGCGUGUCCUGCAGCACGAACACAGAAACCGGAUGCAAAGCCGAUUCUGGAGUCAUGGCAGUGCCACGUACAGCUACCCAGGGAACCAAUACAGUAUUAGAAAAGAAUAACCAGUUCACCAACACAGAAAUGGUUUCCUUAACUGACUCCAGCACCAACACUUUGCUGAGUACUUCCGAUAAACAGACAAACACUGUUAUUGUGGAGAUGCGGACUGUGGCUGUGGGAGAUGGUAGGGUAAAGGAUGUAAAUACAGCUCCUAAAACUCGUUCCAUUGGUGUGGGAACAUUGCUUUCUACCACCGCCAGCUUUGAAAAACCUUCCCUACCGAAGACCAAAGAUACUGGAGUGGGGCAGAUCAGUAUUAAUGAGAACUAUCUAGUUGGCCUGAAAAUGAGAAACAUUGCCUGUGGCCCCCCUCAGGUGUCGGUAGUGCCCCCCAGCACUAGAAGCAUCGGUGUUGGAGAUGAAGCUGUGUGUGAAUCAGGGAGUCUGGUGUUGGACAAUCCAUUUCCUCUGCCUGAGAUGAGGACUGGCUUAGACCACUACAUUGAGCGGGUUCAGAAGCUGGUUCAAGAACAGCAGAUGCUUCUUGCCGAAAACUACUCUGAGCUAGCAGAAGCUUUUGGAGAGCCUCAUUCACAAAUCGGCUCUCUCAAUUCUCAGCUCAUCAGCACCCUGUCUUCAAUCAACACUGUCAUGAAAUAUGCAAGCACAGAGGAGCUGCGCAGCUUAGAUGUACCAAAACAGUGCACCGACAAAACCACUACAAACGAAGAUAAUUUGCUGUAUGUCCCUCGUGGCCACAUUGGCAGUUCACGUUUAGUUUCAAGCUCUUAUGUGUCGAAACUAGGACCAGAGGUUGGAACCAUAAGUAAAGAGAAGGCUGCCAUGGUAGGAACAGAACAGGACCAGAAAGCCUCACCUUCCCAAGACAGUACAAUGUCUCCAAUUAAUCUUACGGAUGACCAGCUUGCCUCUGGACUUUAUGUAUGUUCAAAUGAGAGUAUGUUGAAGUCGAUCAUGAAGAAGAAAGAUGGGAACAAAGAUUUGAAUGCAAAGAAGAAUCUGCAGUUUGUUGGUAUAAAUGGAGGGUAUGAAACAACAUCGAGUGAUGACUCUAGUUCAGAAGAAAGUUCCUCUUCAGAGUCUGAUGAUGAGUGUCAUGGGAAAGGGUAUGUUCAAAUUGAGGAGAACGGCAGCUUACUCAAGGUAGAUGGACAGCAAGGGCUAAACAGCAAAGAUGUAAAGUCUUUCCAUGUGGAAGAACAGCAUCAGGUUCAAGAGGCUGAACCUGAAAAAGUGGAAAUUCGUGAGAGAUAUGAGUUGAGUGAAAAGAUGUUGUCUGCAUGCCAUCUGCUUAAAAGCAGCAUUGAUGAUCCAAAGGCAAUGAUCAGUAAAGAGAUAAGAUCUUCUUUAAACACCAUCCAACACGAGUGGUUUCGUGUGUCAAGUCAAAAGUCAGCUGUUCCUGCAAUGGUUGGGGACUAUAUCACCGCCUUUGAAGAGGUUUCUCCUGCAGUCCUUGGACAUGUGAUCAAUAUGGCAGAUGGAAAUGGCAACACUGCUCUACAUUACAGUGUCUCCCACUCCAACUUUGAAAUUGUGAAACUGCUUUUGGAUGCGAAUGUCUGCAAUGUAAAUCACCAGAACAAGGCUGGGUAUACCCCCAUUAUGCUGGCUGCUCUUGCAGCUGUGGAGGCUGCGAAAGACAUGAGAAUAGUGGAAGAGCUCUUUGCCUGUGGAGAUGUGAAUGCUAAAGCUAGUCAGGCUGGCCAAACUGCUCUGAUGCUUGCUGUGAGUCAUGGCCGAAUAGAUAUGGUGAAAGCUUUACUGGCCUGUGGAGCAGAUGUCAACAUCCAGGAUGAUGAGGGUUCCACUGCCUUGAUGUGUGCUAGUGAACAUGGACACGUUGAAAUAGUUAAACUCUUGCUGGCUCAACCUGGAUGUAAUGGAACCCUGGAGGACAAUGAUGGCAGCACAGCACUUUCAAUAGCUCUUGAGGCAGGUCACAAGGAUAUAGCCGUUCUUCUCUACGCUCAUGUAAACUUUUCCAAAACCCAGUCCCCGGGAACACCAAGGCUUGGAAGAAAGCCAUCUCCUGCUCCUAACCUUAGAGGCACAUUCGAUUGCUAGUUCCAAAUACCUGUAUACUCUAAUGUCCACCUCUCUGAAGCUGCUACUAGUUACUGUUUUACAGUGACUGAUCUUGAAUGUAAUUGUAUUGUGCCUGAACUCACCAGCAACCUGAAAGCAGAUUGACUAAUACCAACUGGGGGUGGGGGGAGAGUUAGGACAGUAUCGUUGCUAAUAUUACUUAGCAUCAGUGCACCACAG